GGGCUGCAGGGCGGCUCCGCCUCGCCCCAUCUCCCGCUGGAGCUGCACCUCCGCGGCAAGCUGGAGCCGGGCCCCCCGGAGCCGGGCAGCAAGGCCAAGAAGGGGCGCCGCAGCCGCACCGUCUUCACCGAACUGCAGCUCAUGGGGCUGGAGAAGCGCUUCGAGAAGCAGAAAUACCUCUCCACGCCCGACAGAAUAGACCUGGCCGAAUCGCUGGGGCUCAGCCAGCUCCAGGUGAAAACCUGGUACCAGAACAGGCGGAUGAAAUGGAAGAAAAUA